AUGGGCGACGCAGGGACAGAUUCAGUGAUCUUCCAGAUGAAAUAUCGCCACAUACUCUCCUUCUUACCCAUGAAAUCCAUCGCACAAGUAAGUGCUACAUCGAAAAGGUGGAGAUGUCUAUGGGCUUGCUUUCCUAUUCUUGACUUCUCCGAGAAAGGCAUCAUACAUCAACGGUUACUAGUCCAAUUUCGCAAAGUGAAGACUCAUGCUGCAGUCAAUUUUCUUUCCGCCUUAUCCCAAGUUCAAAACCUUAGUGUGUCCUUUCACAUUCUUGAGAUUUUAUCGAAAAUAUAUUUUGAAGGUGGUCUACCAUAUUCAUUUAUGAACCUCAAGACUUUGGAAGUUGUUACUAGUUUGAACAAAUCUGAUGUUCCGGGUAUAGCAUGCUUAUUCAAGAGCUCUCCCGUUGUUCAAACACUCAAUAUGGCGAUAUCUUCUAUUCAUACAUUAGCAAAUGAUAGAUGGAACAACAUCUUGUUGGACAGAGCUGGCUGCAGUGAACAGCAAUUCUGGCAAUCUCAAGCUCAAACUUUGAGCCCCUUCCUUUGUCACCUAAAGCUGGUGAAUCUUCGAGUUGCAGAUCCAAUGCAUGUGGUUGACGUUGCAAGGUUUUUGCUUAAACAUGGAAAAGAAUUGCAAGAAACGGUUAUUCGUGUGAACAAAGCCUAUACCGUACCUGGUAAUAAAAUCAGUAUAAUAGAGGAACUCCCGCGGGAAUCGGAUGUCAAACUCUCAUGCUUAAUCAACUAA